AGCCCCGUCUACACCUCACCAGUCGAGACCAAGCAGCAGAUGGGAUUCGAAUUGAACGGCGCGGGAUACGGGCGGAUCGACUCCGUUGCUACGCGCUCCGGGCAGAUCCGGUCGCCUCGCCGCGCAAUGCGAACUCGUCCGCUAGAGGACGGACAGCACACAUACGUGCGCUACCAUGGCACCAGUUCGCCGUGCUUUCGGACAGCGGGGCUGGUCACUUCCUAUUCUAUCGUGUAGCUAAGUAAUGGCACUUACCAUAAUGGCGCAACGGACGCGAAUGCACGCGCCUAUAUUAGCCGCGAUGUUAGCGAGCUCCGCUGUUGUACAGGCUACGACGGAAUACUCGACCAAGUCGGGCAUUUUGCCGUGGGUGGACCCGGCGACGCCCAGCACCCGACAGACUUACACGACGUCGCGUGGUGCGACGUGGGACUUGGUCAUGAGCGACGAGUUCAACACGGAAGGCCGUAGCUUCGAACCUGGCGACGACCACAUCUGGACGUCCAUGAACAAGGCUGACGGCGUCAAUGCGGCGUUGGAAAUCUACAUGCACAACAUGACCGGCACCGAGUGCGACGACGACAUCUGCUACUUCUACAUCGAGGCCGACACGGGUGAGACUACAUUAACACUCUGGAAUGACUACCUAUCUCCAGCUGGAUACGAGGACGUGACGUUCUACUAUAAGGCCGGUAUGGUGCAGAGCUGGAACAAAUUCUGCUUCCAAGGCGGCAUGAUCGAGGUGCGCGCACAGUUACCGGGUGCCGUCACCAAUGCGUCGGGCAACCCGGAUGUCGAAACUGGGUCGGGUAGUGUACGCACGUCCAGCAUUGACUACUACCCGACGUGGCCAGGUAUCUGGCUCAUGGGUAACCUCGGUCGCGCCAUCUUCAGUGCGUCGACAGCCCGUAUGUGGCCGUUCUCAUACAAUGAAUGCAACGAAACGAUCUUUGACUCACAGAACCAGCGGAUCAGCGCCUGUGACGAUGACCCUGGACACGGUUUGAACGCGAAUCAAGGCCGCGGAGCCCCAGAAAUUGAUAUCCUUGAGGGUGGCGGUACUGCCAUCUCGUCGUCGAUUCAGGUUGGUCCGGGAAUGCCGGAGGAUUUCCGACUUAUUGCAGACACCGCGUCGUCAUAUUGUUUCUAUACCUACGACUGCACCACUGAAGGUGCCAACAACAUUGAUGUCCCGACGGCGUAUUAUGAGAGCCUUCGCGGCCAUAAAUCAUGGUAUCAGGGGCUUCGCUACGGCGCCAACAACUUCUGCGACGAGGAUUCGACACUCGUACAGUCGUACAAGACGGUUGCUGCGUCCCUGGAUAAAGGAAUCACAGAUAACGCAUGCACGAUGGAGCUGUGUCCUGCUUCAUACGAUGUAAACGCCGACGUGGGAAACAAGGACAAUGGCACGGAACACUGGGGAAUCAACACUAACGGCACAUGUUUUCCAAAGAUGAACUCGUACAGCGGUGCAUUUCUGUGCAGUGCCGGCAACACCGACACAAGUUGUACUGCUUCGAGUGGAUCUACUGACGCGUCUUCAGAGUUCGCGUAUCAGAUGGAUGCCAUCUCGUCGAACUGGGAGAUUCAGGUCGCGGCGUACACCGACUGGCUCACAUACCAGCUCGAAUGGGUCAUGGGAGAUGAGGGCUACAUCCGGUGGAUGCUUGCUGGCGAACCUAUCUUCGAGAUCACCGCCGACGUGCUGACUAACCCUCCGCAGGACGCGGCCCAGAUGAACCCGAAGAAGAUCAUGCUGGAAGAGCCGAUGUAUGUUAUCUUCAACGUCGCUCUGUCCAGUUCCUGGGGGUCUAAGCCACCCAAUGCCGGCAGUGGUGGUUGUUAUGGUGACGGCAGCGAUGCCACGACGAACGCCAUUUGCGACUCCUUCCCGAUGUACCUGAAGAUCGACUACAUCCGCAUUUACCAGGACAAGUCCGACGGCUCUACUAUGGCUGUAGGCUGUGAUCCGUCUACUCACCCCACCAAGCAGUGGAUUGAAGACAAUAUCGACUCGUACGUGGACGACGACAACCCGUGGACAGAAGUGUCGGGCAAGGCGUUCUGCGACUCCAACGAAGACUGUACAAUCGGUACCAAUUCCUCUUCUUCCAUCACUACUGGUACUUGUGUGAACGGCCGGUGUAAGUGCUCGGCUUCCACUUGGACUGGCCCGCGCUGCACCAUUGCUUCUUCGGCAAGUAGCGACAGCAGCAGUGACGGCCUGUUCUCCUCGAAUUCGUACGGCCCUCCAAUGUACGUGUCGGGCGUGUUCAUGGCCAUCACCGUUCUCACUACGUUCGUGUCCGUGUACCUGUCCAUCCUGGCCGCUCGCAAGAGCGAUGAGCUCCUCCUGAAGGAAAUCAUGGCGAAGAAAGGAGCCCCGUCUUCUGUGUCGCUGGGUGACUCCAUGGCAAAACCUCCGAAAGAUGACUACAGCACCAAUUUUAUAUAACCUCGUAGCUGAUAAAGUGAAUCAAUGCAUGUUAGCGGCGUUCAAUCCACUCCAAA